GACACGUUUUCUUUUUUGCCACAUUGUUUCCCAUAGUCUAUAUUUAUUGAUCAGAUAGUUGAUGAAAUGGCUUCAAAACGAAAAUCGGAGGCGUGUGGCAGCACUGACAAGAACAAAAAGAAGAGUGUGGAAGGAGUAGUUGAGUUUUGUUCAGUUGUAGAAGAUGGGCAGGUAAAGCAGGCGGUGAAGGAAGUUUGGAACCAGAAAACUCGCUACAGCCACGGGAAUAUAGAGUUGGACUGCCACCCUUUUCCUCACUGCAUUAUCCAGAACUUCAUAAACAGUAAGACUUUUGUAAAGAAUCUGCAGGAUGAGCUCCUAGGCCUCAACUUUCAGGAGAAGUCCAAUGAUCUGUACAAAUUUAAACAGUCAGAUGACCUGAAGCAGAGAAGAGAGCCACACAUCGCAGGUUUGAGGAGAGCACUGUUUGGGCGAUUCCGUUCCUGGCUUGAGGAUGUGUUGGGAGUUGAGUUGGAGCCCACAGUGGACAUUUCUUGUGCCAGAUAUGAAUACACUGAUGUUCUUUUAUGUCACGAUGAUGAAUUGGAGGGGAGGCGAGUUGCUUUUAUACUGUACCUUGUGCCAUCAUGGGAGAGAAGUGAUGGUGGAACUCUUGAUCUUUACACCACAGACAGUCGUUUCCAACCACAGAGUGUUGUGAAGUCACUCGUCCCCUCUUUCAACACACUGGUGCUCUUUGAAGUUUCUCCAGUCUCCUUUCACCAAGUGUCUGAAGUUUUGACUCGGGACAAAUGUCGUUUGUCUCUGAGUGGUUGGUUUCACGGUCCAUCUUUAGAACGUCCUGCACGCUAUGUAGAGCCUCGAGUUCCCAGGUGCCCACACCUACCGGGAGAUGAGACUUUGCUGCUGGAGUGGGUGAAUCCAGCAUACCUGGAUAUUUCCUAUCAAGAACAGAUCCAAGGAGAGUUUGAACACAGCUCUGAAAUUCAGCUGAAAGAUUUCCUUAAGGAGGAGAAGUUCGCAGCGGUGAGUGAGGCACUACGACUUGCUGAGAUCCAGUGGAUGAAGAAAGGGCCACCUAAUAAAAGAUGCUAUGAAGCAGCUUCACUGGACAACUUGCCUGAGUGUGUGAGUGCAUGCUGGGAGCUGCUGCAUUCAGAGGCUUUCUUCUUGCUGCUUGCCAACUUCACUGGUCUUCAGCUGCACUUCCUUUGCCCCGCUGAUGAUGAUGAUGAUGAUGAUAACAAUAAAGAUGUACAAGAAGAAGAGCAACAAGAUGGACAAGCCACAGCAUCUUCAUCCGAACCCACGUCAGUAGAGUCAAGCACACCUCAGUGUUUUGGGGAGCUGCGUCGUUGGCGUCAUGGAAACUACACGCUGUUGCAUGAUGGGGAAGCAGCACAGGCAGAGUAUGCUUUAGACCUGAUUUUGCCUUUUUGCUGUGCAAGCUGGCAGGCAGACUUUGGAGGCUUUACGUGUUACGUUGCUAAUGAAGAGGAAGAGGAGCUUCUGACAGUUUAUCCAGAGGAUAAUUCUCUUGCCCUGGUCUACAGAGAUAAGGAAACCCUCAGAUUUGUCAAACACAUCAACCACAAAAGCUUGUCUGAAUGUGCCGACAGAACAUUUUAUGACUUUGCUUUUGUGUACUAUGAAUAAACAUGAUUUGAUCUUGUGGA